UACGCUAUAAGUAAGUGACAUUUCAUUAUUCACGUUUGAUAUCAGCAUUUUAUAUAUUUUGUAUAAACACAUUACACUUAUUUUUCUCCAGUACUUAAAAAUGGUUUUUCAAGCUAUUAAAAUUAUAGUAGAAAGGGUUUUUAGUGAAAGUGAGAAUGGUAAGACGAAACAAAUGCUUAUGGGAGCGUCAGCUGGUUUCGUUACGGGAAUGCUAUCGGUGAGAAUAGGGAAAACUGCAGCUCUGGCACUAGGGGGUGGAAUAAUUCUUCUGCAAAUAGCGAACGAUAAAAAUUACAUAACAGUUCAUUGGGACAAAGUUAAUAGAAAAGUAGACGAAGUCGUCGGUAGUGUCGAGGAAGAAAUCGUUAAAAAACGCAGUUCCUGCACAGAUAAAAUCAAAAUUUUUACGAGAAACAAUACGGCUCUCACUUCGUUCUUUAUCGGUGGCUUUUUAGUCGGUCUGGCGUCUUGAAUGAUAUGCAAUAAAACUAUGUUAAUAUAA